AUGGUUGGGAAGUCCAUGAUUGCUGGUCUGGUGGUCCUUCUGGUGGCUGCAGUGAGCCUGUUCCUUGGGGUGUUCAUGGGCUUGGGGAAGAAAAACACACCUCCCCCCUCGGACUACUUCUACUCAAAGGCUGCUGUGGCUGCUGAUGCUGGAAAGUGUUCAGAAGUGGGGAGGGACAUUUUGAAGAAAAAUGGUUCCGCCGUGGAUGCUUCUAUCGCUGCCUUACUAUGUGUCGGCCUUUUGAACGCUCACAGCAUGGGCAUCGGAGGAGGGCUCUUCUUUGUAAUCUAUGACGCGACCACAGGGAAGGUGGAAACCAUUGAUGCGAGGGAGACAGCCCCCAUGAACGCCACUGAAGAUAUGUUUGGCAACAACACCAAGCUUUCUCGAACAGGUGGACUGUCCAUAGCCAUUCCCGGGGAGAUUCGUGGGUACGAGAUGGCCCACAAGAGACAUGGCAGGCUGCCAUGGAAGGACCUGUUUGAGCCCAGCAUUGCCUUGGCUCGAGAUGGCUUUCCUAUAGGAAAAGCUCUGGCUCAUGCCAUCUACAAGAGCAGAGAUUCCAUUCAAGGAGACGCCAACAUGUGUGAGGUGUUUUGUGAUUCUCAAAAAAAUAUACUGAAGGAAAAUGAUAUUAUUAGAUUUCCAAAGCUGGCCGACACAUACCAAAGAAUAGCAGAAGAGGGGCCUGAUGUGUUUUAUAAUGGCUCAAUGGCACGGAGCAUCGUCGAGGACAUCCAGGCGGCAGGAGGGAUUAUCACCCUGGAUGAUUUGUUGGAGUACCAGCCUGUGCUGAACGAGAACCCUCUCAAGCUGAACGUUGGGGAAUACACCAUGCAUGUCCCAGACGCCCCCUCCAGUGGCCCUGUGCUGGCACUCAUACUCAACAUAGUGGAUGGGUACAACUUCUCAGACACAAGUGUGUCUACAGCAGAGAAAAAGACUCUGACGUACCAUCGAAUCGUGGAGGCUUUUCGUUUUGCUUAUGCCAAGAGGAGCAGACUCGGGGACCCACGUUAUCUCAAUAUUACUGAUCUCAUCCUAAACAUGACCUCAGACUAUUUUGCUGACGGCAUAAGGAGUAAAAUCACAGACGACACCACUCACCCAGACAGCUACUAUGAGCCAGACUAUUUUGUCCCAGACAACCACGGGACGGCUCACCUGUCAGUCAUAGCUGAGGAUGGAAGCGCUGUGGCAGCUACCAGCACCAUUAACCUAUAUUUUGGUUCCAAAGUCAUGUCUCGAUCAACUGGAAUAAUUUUCAACGAUGAAAUGGACGACUUCAGCUCUCCGUACAUGACCAAUGGGUUUGGAAUCCCUCCUUCACCGAACAAUUUCAUUCAACCAGGCAAGAGGCCGCUGUCUUCCAUGUGUCCUACUAUCAUCUUUGACAAAGAAAACAAAGUGAAAAUGGUUGUAGGAGCGUCCGGGGGCACAAAAAUCACCACAGCUACUGCCUUAGUCAUCCUGAACUCCUUGUUCUUCAACUAUGAUCUAAAGAAAGCAGUGACUGAGCCACGAGUUCACAAUCAGCUCAACCCGAAUAUGACAGUAGUGGAGCAGGGCUUUGAAAAGAGUGUUCUGGAGGGUCUGGUCCAGAAGAACCACGUAACGCAGCUGCUGCCAACUCCAGACUCCGUGGUCCAAGCGGUGGUGCGGCAGGGAGAGCGCCUCUGUGCAGAGUCUGACCCCAGGAAAGGCGGCUAUCCAGCAGGAUACUGA